AAGAGAUUUAGUCAGUCAGAAAAUAUGAAAUCACAUGAGAGGAUCCACACUGGAGAGAAACCUUACAAGUGUUCACACUGUGACAAGAGAUUCAAUCAGUCAGUAGGUCUGAAAAGACAUGAGGUGAUCCACACUGGAGAGAAACCUUAUAAGUGUUCACACUGUGACAAGAGAUUCAGUAACUCAUCAAAUCUGAAAACACAUGAGAGGAUUCACACUGGAGAGAAACCUUAUAAGUGUUCUCACUGUGACAAGAGAUUCAGUGGUUCAUCAAAUCUGAAAAUACAUGAGAGGAUCCACACUGGAGAGAAACCUUACAAGUGUUCACACUGUGACAAGAGAUUCAGUCAGUCAAUAGAGUUGAAAAGACAUGAGGUGAUCCACACUGGAGAGAAACCUUAUAAGUGUUCUCACUGUGACAAGAGAUUCAGUGGUUCAUCAAAUCUGAAAACACAUGAGAAGAUCCACACUGGAGAGAAACCUUACAAGUGUUCACACUGUGACAAGAGAUUCAAUAAUAUAUCAAAUCUGAAAACACACGAGAGGCUUCACACUGGAGUGAAACCUUAUAAGUGUUCACACUGUGACAAGAGAUUCAAUAAUAUAUCAAAUCUGAAAACACACGAGAAGAUCCACACUGGAGAGAAACCUUACAAGUGUUCACACUGUGACAAGAGUUUCAAUAAUAUAUCAAAUCUGAAAACACACGAGAAGAUCCACACUGGAGAGAAAGCACAUAAAAAGCACAAAAACCAAUCCCAGUAAGGCCCCUAACACGCGGAAAUACAUUUAGCUUUAUAUGUAAAUAUUUUGUAUGGUAUAUGUGUUUCGUCCAGACGGAUCCGGCUUUCAGGGCAGUGAAAACGCUAUUAUUUUUAAAACCAGGUCCCAGUGGACAAGUCUGAAAAUGACACCUUUGGGGUUUUGUGUACUGCCAAUCCAUAUAUUUUGUAAAACACUGAUAUCUUCACCCCACGUCUUGACCAUAGUCAAACACCCCUACGUCAUGUAACACCAACAACAAUGGAGGACUACAUGUUUGUGUUCAUGCUACAGAAGCUACUGAGUCUGUGAGCUUGACUAAACUUAGUAGUGGAGCAGCACGAUAUUGGAAAACAACUCACAUUGUGAUAAUUUUUCCCAGCGAUGUAUAUUGCGAUAUGGAAAAGAAAAAAAAAUCACCAGAUGACUUGAACAGCUCUAUUUGGAAAGAAAGAAAGAAAAAUCAAUGACUGGGGUAAUUUUGUAAGUGAAUAAAUUAACUAAGAAAAAAGCAAAUUACAAUAAUUGAUAGAUAAAAUAGAAAAAGUGCUUUAUAUUCUUCAGCUAAGUCAAACUGUUAACUGUCUGUUACAGUUAAGUCUAAUACGUUACUGCUGCAUUACAUUGCUGACAGAAUGCAGUGUUUAUAAUCUAGAUAUUGUAAAGAGGAUGUAGCACACGCACUGUCAAGUCAAGUGCCAGUGGAUUACAGACCUGCUCCCGCGAGAUCUAACGCAACAGAGAGCGGCACGGGACAAGACUCGUGUGUGUGUGUGUGUGUGUGUGUGUGUGUGUGUGUGCAGGGCAGUGGAAAAUAAAAUGAUAUAUUGGACUCCCAAAAAGUAGAAAUAUCUAAACAUAAAAUAUCUAAAACAAAUAAAUAGUUAUUCAUCUAUUGCUCAAAAGCAAAAUUAACUCAUAUAAAAUAUACAUGAUAAACAGGUGCAAGCGUAUGCAGAGCUUAUAUUUAGGCUAUAACAGGGAUUGAUGCGAGAUACUGAUCCAAAAGCACACCUUGUGUUAAAAAAAAGUUUUCUUCCUUUAAUAUUCCUCUAAUAAAGCGAGUUUUUCAUUA